AUGACGCUUCGUAAGAAGAGCACCAGGAGCCCCCCCCCCCCCCCAGUCCUGAGCCACGAAUUCGUCCUGCAGAAUCAUGCGGACCUCGUCGCCUGCAUGGGGCUGUUCUUCGUGCUGGGGCUCAUGUUCGAGGGAACAGCAGAAGUAUCCAUCGUUUUCAUGACUCUCCAGCACGGGGUUACCUUCCCUGCAGCAGACGCAGAAGAACAAGCUACGGAAUCCAAGUUCCUCUACUAUUACGGUAUCAGAGAUUUGGCCACGGUGUUCUUCUACAUGCUGAUGACAAUCGUCAUUCACGCCACAAUUCAAGAGUAUGUGUUGGAUAAAAUUACCAGGCGAAGACAGUUCCCCAAAGCGAAACAAAGCAGAUUUAAUGAAUCUGGUCAGUUUAGUGUGUUCUACCUGGUCUCUUGUAUUUGGGGCACAUUCAUUCUAGUCUCCGAAAACUGCCUGUCAGACCCAGCUCUCUUAUGGAGGGCUCGUGACAUGAUGACGUUUCAGAUGAAGUUUUUCUACAUCUCUCAGUUGGCUUACUGGUUUCAUGCCUUUCCAGAACUCUACUUCCGGAGAAUAAAAAACCAAGAUCUCCCACGUCAAGUAGUCCACAUCGGCCUUCACCUCUUCCACAUUGAGGGAGCUUAUCUCUUGUACUUGAAUCACCUGGGGCUGGUGCUUUUGAUGAUGCAUUAUUUUGUGGAAUUCCUUUCCCACCUUUGCGACCUGUUUUAUUUUAAGGAUGAAAAGUACCAGAAAGAGGUUUCUCUGUGGGCCAUUGUGUUUAUCUUGGGUCGACUUGUAACUUUAAUUGCUUCCGUCAUCAGUGUUGGGUUUCACCUGGCUGGAGGGAAGAAUGGGAAUCCAGAUGCCUUUACUGGAAAUGUAAACGUGUUGGCAGCUAAAAUUGCUGUUCUGUCAUCCAGUUGCGCUAUCCAAGCAUACAUAACAUGGAAUUUAUUUAAUGACGAGCUUCAGAGGUGGAUGGAGGAAGAUGCUCCUCUUCAGGCCCCAGGUAUGAAGAAGAAACGGACUAAAGGCAGGUCUUCUAGAAAAGGAACAGAAAACGGUGUGGUACCUUCAUAAA